GCUGCCCUGCCCAAGCCGGUGCCGAACCUCACGAAGCGCUCGCGUGGACGCAAGGUGCCUACGUCCGCAAACGGGAAACCCUUGCCGUUCACGCGCGGGUGCAAGGAGAGUGGCGGCGGGGCAGGCAUGAGGGCGUACAUGUGCGAAGUCGAUGGCUGUCAUGCGUGCUUUGUGCGCGGGGAGCAUCUCAAGCGGCAUAUUAGGAGCAUUCAUACGCACGAGAAACGUGAGUCCUCCUUUCUA